CUUUAAAACGCACCAGAGACUUGGCACAAAAGAAGCAUUCGCAGGCGAGCACGGGCGCAAAGGGACUGUCUCUUAUUAAAGGGAAAAACGUUUUGCACCUUGCGCGUUGUCUAAGACACUGAAGGUCAGAAAAGCGUGUACUCUGAGUUGAAGAAACUUACUUUUGGCUGCACCUGGUGCGACGCCGUUUGACUGGAGCUAAAGUCCAGCGAUGUGGAUGUGGUUAUUACGCACUGACGCUGUGGCAAAACUCGAUGUUUCCCUGUAGAACUGGACUUUAAAAAGCGUUGUUUUUGGUUUUCUUCCGCUUAUUUUUGUCUGAACAGUCACAUGACGCAAACUGUUGCUUGGAGUCCAGGUUCUGUGGUGAGACUGUGUAUCUGUCAAGUGGAGUCGCGCGUCACUUUGCUGAUAAACCGCAAGGAAACAUGAACGUCUCCUUCUUCGACGUGACCCAGGGCGCGCUGUUUAACGGGAGUCAGACCCUCGCUGGGACUCUGGCGACAUACGCUGGCAAUGACACCGACAACGUGGUGACCGGCGACGGCGGAGGGUCCCUGGUGCUGGUGCAAGACGAGCGCAAACUCUUCGUCAUGCGUGUGGUGCAAAUCGCGGUGCUGUGCGUGUUGUCGCUCACCGUCGUGUUCGGUAUAUUUUUCCUCGGGUGCAACCUAAUGAUCAAAUCGGAGAGCAUGAUUAAUUUCCUGGUGAAGGAACGGAGACCCUCCAAAGACGUGGAGACGGUCAUGAUUGGGCUCAGCUAGAGCAUGGAAAGUAGGUGCUGUGAAAAACUGGGGCGGAGAUCCGGUAUGAGGAUCUGAUGCCCGUUUCCUACAGCAGGUCAAAAUCUGCAUCUGCAUGUACUUCUUAAAGACGCCCUGUCUGUGUCAUAGUGAGGAAAGAUAUGCAAAAACGUCAUAUUUCCUUCUGAAAAAAAAAACGACUACAGGAAAGUAGUUCAGUGACCAAUGUUUGUGCGUAAAGUUUAUGCGUAAAACACGGGCAAUUGUUUACACAUGGGCAGAUAUCUUGAAUCUUAUGAGUGAAUUAAAUGUUGCCAACUUGAACAAAGUGACGAAAAUGUUUACAAGCUGUUACCUCAUUUUUUUGGUUUUGUUGUUUUAUUUUUGUAAAUUUAAAAUGGUUGUUAGUGAAUGUUUUUAAAACUGUCAAAGAGCAUGAUUGUGAAUUCUUAUAGUCACACGUCUGCCGGUGUACUGGACAUGUUGGAUAUGUGGUAUUCUCUACACAAAGUAUUUUUCUUGGUCUCGUUUGGUAAUUACACUAUAAAUGAAAUCUUGCACGAUUUUCAACAAACUCCUUCAUAGCUUUAUGGGGUGAUUCUGGACAUGUUUGGCAUGCUCGCUAAUUGAUCUGUUAAGUGAUUUUUGGACCAGUUUUGCACUUUUGAAAUCACUGAUGCUGCAUGAAUUAUUUUGUACCAAAAAACUUGAAAUUGCAGCAUGAAAUUAAAACAUUGAAAUGACCAUA